CUUUGUGGUUUGCCGGUGACCUCGGGAUUUGUUUUCAUUUCCCUGUCCCGCCUCCCCCGUCGCCACUCGUUACACUCUUCAGAGCUGAAGCUUUGUACGGACUUGGACCCCGAUGGCUCAGCGGAUCCUGCUCAACGAGUACAAGGCCCUGUCAAAGGAGAAGUGGGUUGAUGUUGAGUUGAAAAACGAGGAUAUUUUCAACUGGAAUAUUGCACUCAUUGUCUUGAAUCCGGACUCUCUUUACUAUGGGGGCUAUUUCAAAGGUCGUAUGACCUUCCCCAACAACUACCCUUAUUCUCCUCCAAGUUUCAAAUUCAUCCGUCCGCUAUUCCAUCCAAAUAUAUAUGACAAUGGCGAGCUUUGCAUUUCUAUCCUUCAUUCUCCCGGGGAAGACGAAAUGUCUGGCGAGUCUGCCGCAGAACGUUGGUCGCCUGCCCAACGCGUCGAAUCAGUCUUGAUUUCCAUCCUUUCGCUGCUCGACGACGCCGAAAUCAACUCCGCCGCGAAUGUCAACGCCAGUGUUAUGCUCCGGGACAACCCUGAGAAGUACAAGCAAAAGGUUAGAGAUGAUGUGGAGAAGUCUAAGCGCGAUAUCCCUAAAGGCUUUGUCAUGCCGACCCAUGAGACUUCUAUCUCCAAGCCCGAAAAAGCCGAAGUCGUGGACGAAGACUUCUGGAUAGACAGCGACAACGGGGAGGAGGAGGAUGAUAUCUUUGGCGGCAGCGACUCUGAUGCCGUGGACUACUCACAUGAAGAUAAUGAUUCCAGCACCGAUGUUGAAGAGCAGCUGUGAUCUAAAGCAUCACGCUUCAUCUGAGUUCUUCUUUGAGCGACAGGCACUCUCUCUAUUCCUAGACGCAUAGCCGGAAGGCGUAGCAUUUGCGACAGGCCGUUUUUUUUCCCUUCAGUAUUUUGAUUUGGAUGGCGCUCUGGCGAGUUGGGGUACUGGGGCAGGCGACAUGGAGCGGAAUACUUGGUCACUGGGUUUCGCAUGGAACAAGGAGCUAAACCAUAAAUACCCAUCGGCAACAUGUAUUUUAUGUCAUCUUAGCAAAGAGGAUACUUCUCCGCCAGC